CCGCUGAUUCUCCGGCGAGCUCUUGUCCUCGGAGGACCAGCCGCCUGGCGGCGUUGCCGUGGAGACGGAGCUGGCUGGGUAGAGGUGGCAGCUCGCCCCGGCACAGCUUUUGCCGACCGUCUGCGGUAGGGGCUCACGGGACCGACGCCAAGAUGAUGCUUUCAAGGGCCAAACCCGCCGUGGGCGGGGAGUCACCGCACACUGACAAAAGAAAGAAGAAAGGCAGGAAGAUUCCAAAACUGGAGGAUCUGCUUUCGCAGAGAGAUUUCACUGGCGCCAUUACCCUACUGGAGUUCAAACGCCAUGUUGGGGAGCAAGAAGAUGAUACUAACUUGUGGAUUGGAUACUGUGCUUUUCACCUGGGUGACUACAAGAGAGCUUUGGAGGAAUAUGAAAACGCAACAAAGGAGGAAAACUGCAAUCCAGAAGUGUGGGUGAACUUGGCCUGCACCUACUUUUUUCUUGGGAUGUACAAACAAGCAGAAGCUGCUGGGUUUAAAGCUCCAAAAAGCCGGCUCCAAAACCGCCUGUUGUUCCAUCUGGCUCACAAGUUUAACGAUGAGAAGAAAUUGAUGAACUUUCACCAGAAUCUUCAGGAUAUCAAAGAAGACCAGCUCAGCCUGGCCUCAAUCCACUACAUGCGGUCACAUUACCAGGAGGCCAUCGACAUCUACAAGCGGAUUCUGCUGGACAACAGGGAGUACCUGGCCCUCAAUGUCUAUGUGGCCCUCUGCUACUACAAACUGGAUUACUAUGAUGUGUCCCAGGAAGUCCUGGCUGUCUACCUUCAGCAAAUCCCUGAUAGUACCAUCGCACUCAAUCUUAAGGCUUGCAAUCACUUUCGCCUUUACAACGGCAAAGCAGCUGAGCCUUUCUUUUUUAUAUUUCAGGCAGAACUCAAAAGCUUGAUGGACAACGCCUCUUCACCGUUUGAAUUUGCUAAAGAACUCAUCAGGCACAAUCUGGUUGUUUUCCGGGGAGGCGAGGGGGCUUUGCAGGUUCUGCCUCCCCUGGUUGACGUCAUUCCUGAAGCGAGGCUAAACCUGGUGAUUUACUACCUUCGCCAAGAUGAUGUACAGGAAGCUUAUAAUUUAAUCAAGGAUCUGGAGCCUACGACCCCUCAGGAGUAUAUACUCAAGGGAGUUGUUAACGCAGCCCUUGGCCAGGAAAUGGGUUCGAGGGAUCAUAUGAAAAUUGCCCAGCAGUUUUUCCAGUUGGUAGGAGGAUCAGCUAGUGAAUGUGAUACGAUACCAGGGAGGCAGUGCAUGGCUUCCUGUUUCUUCCUGCUUAAGCAAUUUGAUGAUGUCUUGAUUUACCUCAACUCUUUUAAGAGUUACUUCUACAAUGAUGACAUCUUUAACUUUAAUUAUGCCCAAGCCAAAGCUGCCACAGGCAACACCAGUGAGGGGGAAGAGGUUUUCCUCUUGAUCCAAAGUGAGAAGCUGAAAAAUGAUUACAUCUACCUCAGCUGGUUAGCUCGAUGCUAUAUCAUGAAUAAAAAACCAAGACUAGCUUGGGAACUUUAUCUCAAGAUGGAAACUUCUGGCGAGUCCUUCAGCCUCUUACAGCUCAUUGCUAAUGACUGUUACAAGAUGGGCCAGUUCUACUAUUCAGCCAAGGCUUUUGAUGUCCUAGAGAGGCUGGAUCCCAACCCCGAAUACUGGGAAGGCAAAAGAGGUGCCUGUGUGGGCAUUUUCCAGAUGAUUCUAGCUGGGAGAGAGCCCAAGGAGACCCUCCGGGAAGUGCUGCACUUGCUGAGGAGCACGGGAAACACCCAAGUGGAGUAUAUCAUCAGGGUCAUGAAGAAGUGGGCCAAGGAGAACAGAGUGCCUAUCUAAACAGCCAAGGCCUAGGCCAGGGACCAGCUUCCCCAUCAUAAAGUUGGAACUGUUUUCCUGUACUUCAAUAUGUGAUUCAGGACCGUCUGACAUUUCCUUCCUCGUUCUUAGCCCAUCAAGAUGAGUGGCUGGUACAUGUGGCUUAGCCAUUUCCCUGCUCUGUUCUGACACCUCAUGGAAUCUACUGGUGAAAGGACUUUAGAUUUGCCUGGUGCCUUUCUUCCAAAAUCACUCAGAAUAUUCUUCUGUAAUUUACUGGCUUUUAAGAGUAGAUUAUAGUUUUGUUUUUCUUUUUCUGCUAGUAUUUCAGGACAUUUUCUCCUAGGUGCAGUGACAAGUAUUUUUAUACUAAAAAAUUACUAUCAUUUGAUCAUCUGUCAUCUUGUACAUUAGCCCACCCACAAAGAAUACAUCUCCAAGUCCUGGGAGAAGUCUUUCCAGCUGUGUGAUUCGAAGGACAGCUGUGAGACCCUCUACCAAACUGUGCAGUCAUCAGUAGAGAGUAGGCUUAGAGCAUCACUCUCUCAGUAAGUGAGCUGCUGCUUAUAGCUUGUUACAGUGAGACGAGUUUUUAAAGGUAGGGCAUUUAAAGAUGAGGGAAAGGGAAAAUGUGCCAUCUCUGCAGGUGUACCAAUCUCAAGAGUCACUAGUGCCUUGUAUUUUUAGCAAAGGAAGGGAAAGCUUCAUAUAUCAGCUGAAUGAACAGCAAUUUGAACAAAGGGCCGGUUUUCAUGAAACAUAUGUACAUGUUUUUUUUUGUUUGUUUGUUUUGGUUAUUUUAAACAGGGUUUCUCUCUGUAGCCCUGGCUCUCCUGGAACUCGCUCUGUAGACCAGACUGGCCUCGAACUUGGAGAUCGGCCUGUCUCUGCCUCCUGAGCGCUGAGAUUAAAGGCGUGCACCACCACCGUGCUGCAUAUUAUAUUGCCCCCGUGUACACACAUGAUAGGGAUUUAUUGAUAGUGAUAAAGGAGGGUGCUUGGAAGGAACCUCCUAAUGGCUAACCUCCAUUACCUCAGCCUCAUGUCUCUGAGCUGGCAUUACCUAAGCCUCUUUCUUCUACAACCAAGUAUUCCCAGACUUCCGUCCCAAUUUCAGAAAGCAGACAUCUUUUUCUGUAUCAGAUUACCUUUGUUUCUGUGCUCUAUAAUCUUCUGUGAAUCUGAGGUACACAGUGUCACAACCUAGAACACACAGACCCAUCCUCAUAGAGCAGAGAAUGGAUGGGGGAGGGUGUGGAGGAGUUUCUAGAAGCACCACUACUUCCUCCUGCCCCAGCCUCCCGAUGAAGUGGCCUGGUGCUGACCAGAAAGGAGCCGGAAGCCUGCCCAGAGUGAGAGUGGCCAACGCCAUGAGAGGUGCCACUGAACACAGCCUUCACCUCCACCCAUCCCCAAGGUGUUCUUCAGCUCUGCUCAGAUGGCAGGCAGUGAGCCAUCUUUUACAGUAGGCUCGGAUCUGAUUGGUCCAGAGUCCCAGUCACAAUACUAGUCCAACAGAGCUCCUGGAAACAAAGCUGCACCGUUUGCAUAUGCCAGAGUGUCUGUUUGCUUGUUCUGUUGUCCCUACUUUCUCAAGAGUAGCUGGUUCUCACUGUCAAGGACAUUAGUUGGGUCAGGUGUGGCCAAACCUGCUGUAGUUCUGUGAAAUCAUUCUUGUAAAACUAACCUUACUUUAAAGGAAGCGUGAUAGCGGGAGGGCAGAUGCGACUCCUGGGAGCUACUGGCAUCUUGCAAUGAGCUGCAGUUCAGGUCUAGUUCUUCAUUCCUGAAAGACACUCAUUUACACUGAUGUACUUUCCUAUGAGGUUUUUUGAGUUUACUACCCAGAACCCUGACAUUUUCAUGUCUUGAGGGAAGGAUGUCUAUUCCCCCACAGCAGAGUUUUAGAUUACUUUUUAAAGUUUUUAAUCUACAGGAUUGAGACGGAAACAUGAAGGCUAGUUAAAGUUAAGCGCAUGCAGUUCUGUAAGGAGGGAUAAUUGCUUCUGAUUGACUUGACAGGGCUUCAGGCUUCGUAGCUGUGUUCUCUUACAGAUGACAACCCAGGGGAGAAAGGCCCCAGGCUGGGGAAUGUGUAAUGUGUACAGUCUAUAGCAUCAAUGUACUAUUUAAAUCUGUAGUGUAUACUUAGAAAUGAAAAAAAAACUUUUACAAUUAUUUUUAUACUGCAAAAGAAUUAUAUACCACUGUACUAUAUUUAAAUUAAAUUUUACUUUUUGGCUCUUUU